UGCAAGGCAGAAGGCACCUCGACUGAACCCAGGACAAGACACCGGACUUAAGCCAAAACGAGCCUUCCAGAGAGCGGCUUGCGGCGAUAAGGUCCCUUCGUCAUCAGGCAACCCCGUGUGUUUCUUCGGGAUGUGGGGACGUCUGGCCGCGCUGCUCUUCUUGCACGUCGGCAGUCUCGUGAGCGCCUCGUGCCCUCCGCUCAGGCCGGACAACGCCACCGACCUCUCGGACACCGGGACGGCCAAACUACUGCAAUCUCACCAGCGGUGCCUGAACUUCAGCGGCAGGGCGGUUGGUGCCCUCGGCAAUGCCAGCGUGGGCGACCGCGUGAAGGAACUGGACCUGUCCGACACCGGACUCGGCAGCCUGCCGCAAGGGUUCCUAGGUGACGCCACGGGACUGGAAUCGCUCAGCCUUCAGGGCAACAACUUGAAGGAGCUCCCCGAAAGGCUCUUUAAUAAAACGUCCAAGCUGAAGUUCCUGAAGUUGGAGAAGAAUCUGCUGCGCUCCGUGCCCGUCGGGGACUUGGUCUGCCUAGAGAAGCUCACCGUGGACUGCUCGUGCGACGUGGUCAGGAGCAUCGACCGCUAUUGCAAGAAUUGCCCGUCACCCAUCGAAUGCCAGUGCCACUCCCGCACGGGCCUCUUCAACGCCACCGACUUCCACGCCGAGAGUUGCCACGGCCCGUCCACAGGCAUCUACGCCCUCGCUGUGAUCCCCGUUGUGGCUUUGCUGGCCGUCAUCGGCCUGGUUUACUUCUUGUUCCAGAAAAAGAACAGCGGCACCCUCGCCCAGAACAAGCGGGGCUCUAACAGCUCUGACGUGGCUCGUGGGCAGCCACGGUACAUCAGCCACGCGGGCCCGCAGGGCGACGCAGGCCGGGCCGGGGAAGGCCACGCCGACUACGCCAACGUCUUCAUGGAGCAGCCGUGGGACGCGAGAGCGGGGCAGAGAGGAAAGAGCGGGCCGCCCAGCGGCCCGCAAGGAGAUCAACCCAUCUACGCCAACACUCAGGAACUCUACUACAACUACGGGGGGGCCGCCACCGCCGGCCCCCAAGGGCAGGACGAAGAGGACCUGUACAUCAUCCCAGAUAAAUGAGCCCCACGGCCCCCACGCUGCUGCCUCCCAUUCCGGAAAGCGCCUGGGAUGUGCCCUUCGUGCUGACUCGUGGCUUUCGUGUUGGGGACCGGGGGGGGGGGGGAUGGAGAAAGAACUUUGGAGCCCCCCCUCCUCUGCUGGUUCUUGUUGUGGCGCAAUUGAACUCUGAUCUCUUUCGUCACCUGCAUCGUGGAGGGACAGGUGUCACUCCACUGCCUCCUAAUCCAUUUGAUGGCGAAUGAAGCAUUAAAUC